AUGGCAGAAGCAGUACUCCUUGCUCUGACAAAGAUUGGUAGCGUUUUAGCAGAUGAAACUGCCAAGAAAAUGCUGUCCAAAUUAUUGGAAAAGGUUAAUAAUCUGAAGGAUCUGAAUGACAAGAUCGAGUUAAUAAGAAUUCAACUGACAGCCAUGAACAAUGUCAUACGUAAGAUUGGCACAGUAUACCUCACUGAUGAAGUCAUCAAGGGUUGGAUUGGGGAAGUGCGAAAGGAAGAAUGGUUCCUGAAGAAGGACUUCGUUAAAGCGUCACAUUAUGUCUUGUUUUUUAGUCAAAUAGCAGAAGAGGUUAUCAAGAUUGAGAAGGAGAUCAAGAAAGUUAUAGAACUCAAAGAUCUGUGGUUUCAGCCUUCACAGCUUGUUGCUGAUCAGCUAAUUGAGAUAGAAAGACAACGUUCGCGCGAUAACUUCUAUAUCAAGUUGGUGUAUGUAUGGAAGAUCUAA